AUGACCUUUGGUAACAUGUCGAGCAAAUGUCUCUUGCAUUUACCGUGGCAUAUGGCUCGAGCUAGUGCACUUUGCACUGCUGUGGCAAUAUGUACAGGCUACACACAGGACGCUGCUCGCCAGGAUGCAGCACGAAGACCCAUGGGCGCUAGCUCGGCUCUGCUGAUACCGCACGCCGUGACGACCGCUUUAAAACAGCAGCCUUUGCACCAACGCAACUCCAUAGACUCAUGGUGUGUAAGACACAACCGUCUGCAACAAGAUUAUGAUGUUGAGGGUGUCAUUGGAGAAGGAGGUUUUGCCCUUGUGCACGUGGGUCGUCAUAAAACUUCGAACGCUCGUGUAGCCAUUAAACAAAUGUCGAAGCAGCUCACGACCAAAGAGAAUUUUCUACAAGAAGUGGAGAUUCUUCGACAAGUCGGUGGGACACAUAAUAUUCUGGAGCUCCGUGAAGCGUUUGAGACAUCGGACGCUUAUAUUUUAGUGACGGAAUUAGUACAAGGUGAAGAAUUGUACGAAGAUCUGGUGGAACAUGGCGUCUUUGGUGAACAGAAAGCAAAGGACCUAGUACGUGAACUGGCUGUGACGCUCCAGUAUCUGCACUCGAAGCAUGUGGUACAUGCUGACGUCAAGCCGGAAAACAUUUUGCUUGAACAGACGGGCUUGAGACUUAUUGACUUUGGCCAAUCGUUCCAGUUGGACCAUGAAAACGGUCACAAGAUGAGCGCGUGUACGACAGCGUACGCGCCUCCUGAGUUUAUUAAUCACCGGGAAACGGGGUGUGCCAUGGAUGUAUGGUCGCUUGGAGUCGUGCUUUACAUUGUACUGUGCGGUCUCCACCCGUUCGAUCCGUCAGAUGAUGCAACGGACGAAGAGAUUCAGCAACGAAUUCUGAGGGGAAACUUUGACCAGGAGUCUAUCGGAUGGCUCUGUAUGUCGGACAGUGCGAGAAAUCUCGUACGUCAAAUGCUGACUGUGGAUCCGGAGAAACGCAUCAGUGCCGCUCAAGUGCUCGAGCACAAGUGGAUCGUUAAUGCUUGA